GCUAAUUUGAGACAAAGUAGACGGUAUCCUGAUACCAUACAUAGGCGUUGCUAUCAACGCAGCGAUUUGCGGAGAAAACAUCUACGAUACUGGGUCCGUUGUUCGAGUCUGACCACAGUUGAAAAAGAGCGUUGUUACCGUGAAAUCUGUCGGCUAGAGCUUUUCGAACGCUUGGGUCUUGCACACACUUGCUGCGCGACUCGGCUUUCGGACGAGGAGCUGGAAGAAGUCCGAGUCGACGAUGAAGACUCAAUCGGCCAGCUUGAGUUUUUGAUGAUCCAAUAUCAUAGUCUAAGGAGAUCACUCUACGAUAUACCACUGCAAAACUUCUGGGCCUAUUGGUGGGCUAUCGUCGACAGAGUCGUUUUACCGCUACUGCCUGUAGAAGCUUGCCGUGAGCCGUAUUGGAUGAAUGAUGAUAACAACUACGACCCAGUCCUAUUUGAAGAUGGAAUCCGGAUAGCACAAACUAGAGAAGAUAGAUGGGCCGCGGUGUUGAAACAUGCUGGCUAUGAGGGAUGGGGAUUCGAAAACGUACUUCGGCACCACUUUGUCAGUUUCAGGCAGCGUGCCAUGGCACAUUACCAAAGAAAAAUUCUCUGGCGGCGUCACCGUUUGAUGACGAGACCGAGAUUUAUCUUGAGAAGACGAUCCCGAUUCGGAAAGGACUGUGGCAGCUGCACAUCCGCCUACUCAUUCGACUCAGAUGAUGAUUGGGAGUAGAUGUAUGUGUUUGGAAUGAUUGAGGGGUGCAGUGGUAUCUAAGCAGAAUCUAACAUUAAGAUUACAAGUAGAACAUAACACCGCAUGUUCCAACAAC